AUGUUCCGCAACCAGUACGACACCGAUGUCACCACCUGGAGCCCGCAGGGGCGGCUGUUCCAGGUGGAGUACGCCAUGGAGGCGGUGAAGCAGGGCUCGGCCUGCGUCGGCCUCCGCUCCGCCACCCACGCCGUCCUCGCCGCCGCCAACAAGUCCGCCAACGAGCUCUCCUCGCACCAGCGCAAGGUCUUCCGCGUCGCCGACCACGCCGGGGUCGCGCUCGCCGGCCUCACCGCCGACGGCCGCGUCCUCUCCCGCUUCCUCCGCAACGAGUGCAUCAACCACGCCUUCGUCUACGACGCGCCGCUCCCCGUCUCCAGGCUCGCGCUCCGCCUCGCCGACAAGGCGCAGGUUUGCACACAGCGUUCAUGGAAGAGGCCCUAUGGGGUCGGCCUCCUUGUUGCGGGUCUAGAUGAGUCUGGAGCCCAUCUCUACUACAACUGCCCCAGCGGGAACUACUUUGAGUACCAGGCAUUCGCCAUUGGCUCCCGCUCUCAGGCAGCGAAGACUUACCUCGAACGCAGAUUCGAGAAAUUCAAUGCCUACACCCCGGACGAGCUCAUCAAGGACGCGCUCUCAGCCAUAAAGGAGACCCUCCAAGGUGAGAAGCUGACGAGCUCCAACUGCACCAUUGCCAUUGUCGGCAGAAAGGAGGAUGGCACCGUCGAGCCCUUCUCCAUGAUCGACUCCAAGAGGAUCCAGGAGAUCAUUGAUUCCAUGGAGGCUGCCGACGAGGCACCAGCGGCCGAUGCUCCGGCUGAAUCAAGCUCGAUGCAGGAGGACAGGGGCGACGCACCUGCCGCAGGGGAUGCCCCCGCGGCGGCGGACGAGCCUGCUGCACCGGACGCCCCGGCGCCGAUGGACAUCUAG